AUGGCUGCAACUGCAACCGCAAAAACUUUCCAAAACCAUAACAACCAAAGCAACAAUGGCAACAACCCUGAAAUAACAAGGGAAGAAAUCCAAACCGCCAUAGCCAAAGCAGUGGAACUAAGGGCCCUUCAUGCUGCAUUAACACAAGGAAGUAGCCCAGGCACAACCAAUGUUAGAUUCCCAUCACCUUCCCCUGCUUCUCACUUCUCUGCCCAAGAUUACCCCGUUUUCACACCAAGCUAUGAAGAUGAGGCGCAUCAGAACCCAACAAGGAGCAGAACAAUAUCAGAAAGUUGGGAUGAAAAUGGCAUAGAAGGAGGCAACAGCAUGACCCCCUCAGAUUACAAGGAGAAAUCAAGUUCAAGAAAGGGACUACCUUAUGGAUUUGGAAACCAUGACUCUCACAUGUGUCCUGCUGAUGAUAGCAAAUCUGUGAGUGGUUCUUGUGCAAAUCAUAUUACUGUUCUCCAAACAUCGCCUGCAAAUGACUACUUCAAAUCCAGGAGGAGAAACAGUUCGGGGGACUUGAGGCCCUUAUCUUCCUGCAAUAGGUGCAAUCCUGCUGUCAUAACUACUGAAUAUGAGAACUCAAGGAACAGUAGGAGCUCCAACAUUGUUGUUCCCCUCACAGAUUCGCAUGCUUCUUUUCAAACCCAACCGAAAAGUAAAGGGGUGAUUUCCUGGUUGUUCCCUAAGUUCAAGAAGAAGCAUAAGAAUGUGAGUUCCCCAGCCAGAACAGAAUCUGAGGAAGUCUCUCAGGUUCUCAAGGGCAUGGGAAUAAUGUCAGUUGAGGCACUGAAGAGAGAACUGAUGGAGGCGAAUGAGAGAAGAGAUGCUGCGUUGAUCGAAGUUUCUGAGAUGAGAUCUUCUCUGGGAGACCUGAAACAAAAGCUUGAGUAUUUGGAGAGUUACUGUGAAGAGUUGAAGAAAGCUUUGAGGCAAGCGAUUCUCACCAAAGAAACCACACUUUCUGAAAAGUUUAAUAACCCUCCCCACAAAGGAACACCUUUUGAUGGGAAUGGGGAAAAUUUGAUGCCUGUGGGUGAGGAUGUAAUGAUAGAGGGUUUCUUGCAGAUAGUGUCAGAAUCAAGGUUAUCAGUGAAGCAAUUCUGCAAGACCCUUAUAUGCCAGAUUGAAGAAACCGAUCAUUCUUUGAUGGACAACUUGAACUUGCUCCUCCAACCAUAUAAACUCUCCUUGAAUUCCAAAUACUCAAAGGCAGUUCUAUACCAUUUUGAAGCCUUCAUAAACCACUCCUUCUACCAAGACUUUGAGAACAGUGUGUUUCAAAAGAAUGGCUGCACAAAAUUCUUAGACCCUCGCCAGGAUCGUCAAGCACAAUUCUCAUCGUUUGUUGCACUUAGGAAUUUGAGCUGGAACGAGGUGCUCAGAAAGGGCACCAAGUAUUACAGUGAAGAAUUUAGCAAGUUCUGCGACCAGAAAAUGAGUUGCAUCAUCACUACACUGAAUUGGAUGAGGCCUUGGCCUGAGCAACUCCUUCAGUCUUUCUUUGUGGCAGCAAAGUGCAUAUGGUUACUACAUUUGCUGGCCUUUUCUUUCAACCCCCCACUUGGAAUUUUAAGGGUUGAAGAGAAUAGAACAUUUGAUCCUCACUUUAUGGAAGAUCUGGUUGCUGAUAGACAGAGAUCACAAGGUCCAAGCCGGGUUAAGAUCAUGGUGGUGCCAGGGUUCUACGUUCAGGAUAGGAUCUUGAGGUGUAGAGUUAUUUGCAGGCACAAAUCUGGACCUUAA